GCUGAAAGCGAAUAUGGUUUUGAUAUUGAAGACAACUAUUGCUCUCCGGAACAACAGCUCAAGGAUAUACAAGAACAACUAAAUUCGAAAGAAUACAUCGACGCAAUGACAUCUCUGAAGGCUGAAAUGGAAAAAGAAUGUCCUGAACUAUUUACAAAAUAA